CUGGGGCGGCAAGGGCGCCCUCUCUGCUGACCUCACGGACGCACGUUCCUUUGGCCUGCUUGCUAAGCUUAGCUCUUGGUCAAUGCCGCACGUUGAUCGCCACGGUGUGAUUACUACUGCCGAGGGGGUAGACGGCGAUAAGCUCUGGCUCUCCUGUCUGGGACUGACCCUUUUUGACCUACGGGCAUGGCUGCGAUCUGAAGCGAACUGUCCACACCAAUACCCAGGGCCAAUAUCCGAGAGUCUCAGAGUGGAGAUCCAAAGCCCGGCCAUUCGGACCCAAUCUGGAUCUAAGAACCAUAAGAAGCCGCGACCCUCGGCGAAGUCCAAGCCGUUGCCCUCGACAGGAUCCGAGGAAGAAUCUAGGGAAUUCAAGCGUUGGAAGGCGGACUAUGCUAAUGCACCUGCAAUAAAGCCCAUUGCCAUAAAGAUCAGGGCAGGGGACUUACUAAUUCAACCCUCCGGGAAUCUUCAUGCCCCGUACACUUGUACCAAUGUCCUGAUGCGGGGCACGAUGCACUGGGACUCCCUAGACUUAGAGCAGAUCCUGGAACUCAGUCUCCUUGAAACGGCGUACCCGCAGCUCACCAACGAGGACGAGGCCAAGGACUUCUACCACCUCAUGCAGAGAUGCAUCGCGCGGAUGAAGGAGUGCAAGUUGUAUGCGGACGACGUAUACAAGUGGCCCCCGCCACAUCGCUGGGAGUCGAUCGACAAGUUAUUCAAGGAGUGGCAGGGUGCGAAUAAAGAGACGGAACCGUUGAAGACCAUUAUGAAGGGUUGCGUUUGCACUUUGGGGGCUUGUGAUAGCUGUGCCUGCUUUCACAACCAUGUCAGGUGCGGCACUCAAUGCCAUAAGGCGGACAAGGGCGGAGAGAAUAGCAAUUGCAGGAACUGCUGAGGUCGAAGGCGGACUCGCGGAUUUCCGGUUGGCACGGCAAGGGGAACAACCUUUGUGUCAAAGCUACGCCACGUUACCCUCCAGAACUCUUCAUUGCCGUCAUUCACUCAACAUUUUCGGCCGUUUUGACCUAUCCCCGGACAAACGCCUGGCCCGUCUCUCUCGCC